GCCGUACGCGCCGGCAUGAGUGACGCAUCGGCUAUAAAACAUGUCGAACCGGCCGCGCGCCGGGAAACCGCCGCCAUGCUCCGACUCGCGUGCUUGCUGGCGCUUGCCGCCGCCGCCGCGCCCGCGCGCGCGCGCCCCGACGCGCAGCCCGCGCUCACCACCACACGAGUAGGCAACACAUUGACCAAUGAGGUGCCCCAAGUUCCACACGCGGAGGCGCCGCUGCACCAGCAGCACCCGCACGCGGUGCUGUUCGGCGGGGCCUGCGGGGGCACCAUCAUCCAUCCCAGCUGGAUCCUUACCGCUGGCCACUGUUCCCUUCUGCGCCGCAGCACGCUGUUCACGCCGGGGCGCAACGUGCUGGCCGGCACGGGCAACUCGGGUGACGGCAGCGGCGUGCGCCUGGAGGUGAAGAAGCUGUAUCUGCACCCGCUGUUCGCCGUCGGGCCCUACUGGGUCAACACGCGCGAGUUCGGCAUCAAGCAGGUGCACGCUCGCUGGGACUUCAUGCUGGCGGAGCUGGAGUCACCGCUGCAGCUGGACGGCGUGAACAUCGCGGCUGUGCCGCUUGACGACAGGAAAGAUAUCCCGGAGUCGCUGGCCGUCGACUACGCCGGUUUCGGUGCAACCCAUCACGGGGGCGUCAUGCAGCGGCACAUGCACGGGAUGAAAUUGCGGACGGAGAGCGACGAGCGGUGUUCCACUCUCCCUCAGUAUAGCAAAGAAGACAUGCUGUGCGCAGUGGGCCGCACUGAAACGCGUGACUCAGCUUGCAACGGUGACAGCGGCAGCGGCUUGGUGAGCACGGAGAACCAUCGCUUGCUGGGCGUGGCAUCGUGGGUGGAGGACGACGCCAACGAGUGCAGCCCCGGCAAGCUCGUCGUGUUCUCGCGCGUGGCCGCGGCGCGCCCCUGGAUCAAGCAGGUCACCGGCCUCGACUUGUAACCGCCAAAUAUACUUCUGACAGUGACACCAACAUCAAAGGACUGCAUGACGAACGUUUAUGUUUUAGUGAAAAACGCGACUGACUAUGUAAAGUGUAGUUUUGAAGAAUAAGUAGGUACCUAUCCCGUUAGUUGUCCAACCAACAUUAGUUCUAAGAGUUGCAUGGAAUUUGAACUGGGACAGAUUUGCCUCAUCUUGCGUCCUCAGCUAUUGCAUGGAAACCCGGAGUGCUUAAAAAAGCACGGAGCCCGGAGUGUUUUUAAGUUUCAGAUCUAAAAUUUUAAGGCAAUUACAAAUAUCCUAGUUAUCCUUAAAAAACAUUGGUCGAUUUUUUUAAUGUAUAAUUUUAACUGCGAAAUGGGGUUGUGGUGGAAUAACUAGUUAUGAAUAAAAUUGAGUGUACAAUAAUGUAUUUCAUAGGAUAUCGUAAUAGGUUGUUAACCUAAAUUAGCCAAGAAUUACUUCGGCCUCGAAGUUGCUAUACCAACCAACCUACACCUGAACACCUGUGUGUAAUGUGUAUCCUUUCAAAAUAUUUAUCAGUACGGUUUUUACUCACUAUUAUUUUUAGUCGCUUUUGGCGACAUGUUUCGUAUUCUUUGGGAAUCCAUCCUCAGGCACGAGCCCUGAAACCGUACUGAUAAAUAUUUUGAAAUAUGUCUCACGAUAGUUUAAGUGUAUCCUUUCCCUCUCAAAGACUAAGAAAGUAUGUACGGGUAACAAUUAAAGGCUAAGGGUCGGUUGCACCAACUGUUUGUGAUCGUUAAAGAGCUCGCUAAAUUUUAUUGUAUGGAGAGUUUGAUAGUAAACCGCCGCGACGCACCGGGUGACGUUUAUCAGUCUGUCAAGUGCGGAUGGUGCAACUGGCACUAAAUCUCUAAAACUUUUGCCUCAAAAGUUUUCGCUUUGCUUGCGAUUGCAUAAAAAAUGUCAUUGGUAGGUAAGGUACCUACCUACUUUCUAAUGCCAAGGUAUAAAAAGCAGUGUUUAUACCAAGCCGCUUGGACUUGCGGAAAAGCAGAUUGUUCCGCUGGAUUAGAGAUUCGCUAUAGACUAAUAUAUGGACAAUAAAUCAGUGAAUAUUACUACAAAAUGACAGAAACUUAUUUAUUUCUUGUUUUAAUUCAUAAAAAAGCCGUAAACCUUAAAUCACUGUAAUCUUUACUUACUCAAUUUGAACACAUGUGCAGUCAAGUGUAAAAAUAUGGGUGCACUAUCAUACUCAAAAAUAUGUCCCAUAGCUCUUAUAUCAGCGAAUUUCCUAUAGGACAUAUUUUUGAGUACCAAAGUUGUAAUGCACCCAUAUUUUUACAUUUGACUGUACUAACUACUACUGUGUAGUUUUAGUUAGUAGGUAUAUAUAUGUACUUGCACAGUAUACGCAGCAGGUAGUUGGCACAUACAGUAUACAGUCAGCAGCUGACUCUAUUAAGAAUAAGCAAACAUGGAAAUAUAUGAUUUAAAAAAACACGUGUGCAGGUUACCUAUUUUGGACAGCUGGCCAGUUCUGCUGCUGACUGUCCUACGAGAGAAAUGUGCCAUAAUAACGUACAAAUAAUACAUACUUAAUUACUAUACGUUUUUAAUGCUGAACAUGAUGAUGACUUUAUCCAAUCUAUAUGAAUAAAGUUUUUUUUACUAUUAAAAAAAAUGUUAUUGUUUUAUUUUAUUUAUAAAACGUAAUUAAAUGUUGCAUAUAGCGUUGUUGUAACACGGGCAUUACAUUUAACUCAACCAAACAAUUGUAAACUGUUACAUAUCAAUAUCAUUUCCAACAUCGUCCGAGAUAGCACUUAAGUUUAGUAG